CGGCUCUACCCCGGACGUUCUCUACGCGGCCCCGCGUUGCGACCCCAGGCGGAUAUUUCCUCCAAUGGAGACAAAAGUGGGACGGUAACGUUACCGGCCGACAGCAAACGGGAUCAAAAAGCAGUCAGGAUGGCAGCUUUCCCCAUGACUUGCCGCUCCCCGUGCUCUCUUGCUGACUUCUCCCUCCCACCCUUCGCGCUGCUUGUCCAGGGGAAACGCCAGCCAUCAUCAUGAGUGACGAUACCGAGGGGAAGCCGCAGAGCGGCACCGCUGAGGUCGAGGCGCAGGUCGACCAUGCCUACGACCUCGACGAGAAGGCGCGCGCCGCCGAUUACAAGGCGGACGCCGUCCAGGCCGAGAACGCCGAGCACAACAUGACGGUGCUGGAGGCCGUUCGAGCGUACCCGAUGGCGACCUUUUGGGCGUUUGUCAUGUCCUGCACGAUCAUCAUGGAGUCCUACGACGUCUUCCUCAUCGGCAGUUUCGUCGCGCUCCCGGAGUUUAUCAACGAAUACGGCGUCUACGACGCCGCGAAGGACAUCAUGGUCCUCGAGCCCAAGUGGCAGUCUGCGCUUCAGGUGUCGGGCCAGCUGGGCGCCCUCAUCGGCGUCUUCCUCGCGGGCCCCCUCACCAGCUGGAUCGGGUACCGCUGGGCCACCAUCCUCGCGCUCAUGCUUCUGAACGUCUUCAUCUUCGCGUUUUACUACGCCAGCUCGAUGCCGGUCAUCUUCGUCGCCCAGCUUCUCGAGGGCUUGCCCUGGGGCAUCUUCAUCGCCAACGCCCCCGCCUACUGCAGCGAGAUCGUGCCGAUCCAGCUGCGAGCGCCUGCCACGCAGAUGCUGCAGAUGUUCUGGGCCAUCGGCAGCAUCAUCGUCGGUGCCGUCACCUACGCGUACAGCGGAUACAACAGUCCCAUCGCUUACAGGAUUCCCAUCGCGCUGCAAUGGAUGUUCCCCACCCCGCUCGCCAUCCUCAUGUUCAUCGCGCCCGAGUCGCCCUGGUGGCUCGUGCGGAAGGGCCGUCUCGAAGAAGCGGCCCGCUCGGUCGAGCGCCUGGGACGCAGGUCCAAGCUGAAUUCGAGCGAGACCGUCGCCAUGAUGCGCCGCGUCGUCGAGCUCGAGAGGUCCGAGAAGGAGCCCAACCUCGUGGAGCUGUUCAAGGGCACCGACUUGUACCGCACCCUCAUCGUGUGCGGCGUGUACGCGGCGCAGAACCUGACGGGCAACCUGAUCGCCAACCAGGCUGUCUACUUCUUCGAGCAGGCCGGUAUGGACGUGCACACGGCGUUCGCCCUGGGUCUGAUCACGUCGGCGCUGCAGAUGAUCUUCGUCAUGCUCUCGUGGAUCCUGACCACCUACCUCGGCCGGCGCACCAUCUACCUGUGGGGCUCGUUCUUCAACGUCGUGCUGCUCGUCGCGCUCGGCAUCGCCGGCUCCGUCGGCCAGUCCACCUCCGCCUCGCUGGCGAUGGCGUCCCUGGGCCUCAUCAUCUCCGUGCUCUUCACCCUCGGCCCCGCGCCCGCCUCGUGGGUCAUCAUCGGCGAGACCUCGUCCAUCCGCCUGCGCCCGCUCACCACCGGCAUCGGCCGCGCGUCCUACUACAUCGUCGAGAUCCCCUGCAUCUUCCUCGGCAGCUACAUGCUCAACCCGACGGGCGCAAACCUCGGCGGCAGGUGCGGCUACGUCUGGGGCGGCACCGGCCUGUUCUGCUGGAUCGUCGCCUACUUCUGGCUGCGCGAGAUGAAGAACCGGUCCUACCGCGAGAUCGACAUCUUGUUCAAGCGCAAGGUCCCGGCUCGCGAGUGGACGAAGACGGUUAUCAACGUGGAGGACGACGAGUAGAGAACGUGUUGUGUGUUACGGUACAUACCGGUACGCCUUUUGGCGGCAGCCGUUGGUGAGAUGGAGAGAACUGCGAGGGCACCUGGCUGUGCACUCUCCCGCACAAUGCAGCAUCGAUUCUUCCUGCGCAGAUUCCACCCAACUCAACACUCAUUGUUGACGGCUUCCAAUGCCUAUGUUCCGUGGCCCCGUUUCGUGAAUGUCCUUUCCUGUCUUACCUGAUGGCAGCCUUUUCCUGGGUUGUGGUUGCUACUUGAGGAGGUGUUUAGCACAAGGACCAACCGGCCACUCUCGUCGCUGCGUCGACCGAUCUUGUUCCAUUGCAGAAUAGAAUGGGGGAUCGGUCGUGAAGAUGAGCUCCGACUGGACCUCUCGGACUCUAUGCGAGGAGCUGGCGGGUACUUGUCGGAGCCCCAAAAUCGCCCGAUCUGACUAAGAAACCGAAGCCGCCAGUCGGGUAAGCAGACUUGAAUUGUGACUAUUUUACCCGAUUAUCACGCGUUGUAGCCUCGGGACUUGGCAAUGUUUGCC